AUGAACGACAACCAAAGUGGGAUCUUAAAAGCCACUCAGUUUUGCUACACAUCAGUGGAAAAUUCAUGUCCUAAACAAGAGCAUUCAAUCACAGCUCAUGUUCUCAUGUAUAUGACUCUAUGGACAAUAACUACAGUCACUCUAUGUGGAAACCUGUUGGUAAUCAUCUGUAUUUCUCAUUUCAAGCAGCUUCAUACUCCAACAAACUUUCUCACCCUGUCUUUGGCAGCAGUCGACUUUCUGCUUGGAGUCCUUAUAAUGCCACCCAGCAUGAUCCGAACUGUUGAAUCCUGUUGGUAUUUUGGGGACUUCUUCUGCAAGUUUCACACCAGUACAGACAUCAUGCUCUGCUCAAACGCCAUUUUGCACUUGUUUUUCAUUUCAGUUGACCGCUAUUAUGCUGUGUGUUGUCCACUGAGAUACAACAGUAGAAUCACUCUAGCAUUAAUUAGCAAAAUUAUUUUUAUCAGCUGGUUUCUAUCAUUCAUGUUUGGAUUUAGUAUUUUGUUUUUAAGAACUAACAUUAAAGGUAUAGAAAAUUUUUAUGAACAGGCCAUUUUUUGCAUUGGGAGCUGUACAUUUAUACAAAAUCAGGUGUCAGGACUGGUUGCCACCUUAUUAUCAUUUUAUAUCCCUGGUUUUAUUAUGGUAGUUAUCUAUCUUAAGAUUUUCAUUGUUGCAAAGAGACAGGUGAGAUCUUUGAAAAAAGUUGCUGAAGACAGGAAAAAAACUGCAGUAAGGAAAAGAGAAACAAAAGCUGCAAAAACCUUGUCAAUAGUAGUUGGUGUAUUUCUCACAUGCUGGUUGCCAUUUUUCCUAAGCAGCAGUAUUGACUUAUAUAUGAAUUACUCGACUCCGGCUUUAGUAGCAGAAAUUCUAAUAUGGUUUGCUUAUUUAAAUUCAACUUUCAAUCCACUAAUUUAUGCAUUCUUUUACACGUGGUUCCGAAAAGCUGUCAGAGUUAUUAUACUCGGGGAACUUUUUAAAAGCAACUCAUCAUUAACAAAGCUUUAUACAGAGUAA